AUGUCUGUUCCUGUAAGACCGGCGGCCACUAUCGGUGACGGCCCAGCACGAUCAUGGAAUGGAAAAGUCGCACCGGGCAGCCAACAUCCGCCAGAGAAAGACCGCUACCGGAUGUACAUUGGCUUGUUCUGCCCCUUUGCCCACCGCGCGAAUCUUGUCCGACACCUGAAAGGACUGACGGACAUCAUUCCCAUCACCGUGGUCAGGCCGUUUCCCAAAGGCGACGACUCUGGCUGGCCGGGGUGGCAGUUCCCGGCCAACGAUUCGGAGUAUCCCGGCGCGACUGCAGAUCCUUUGUUCAAUGCCAAGUAUCUCCAUGAGAUCUACUUCAAGGAUGACCCGGAGUACAAGGGCCGCUACUCGGUCCCUGUGCUGUGGGACACAAAGACGAGCAGCAUUGUGAACAAUGAAUCGGCAGAGCUCAUGCGCGACCUGCAGACGUCGUUCAACUCGAUCUUGCCGGAGGACAAGGCCAAGCUCGACCUCUACCCGGAGCACCACCAAGCCGCCAUCGACGAGAUCACGGCCUGGAUGCAGCGCGACCUCAACUCGGGCGUGUACAAGCCCGGCUUCGCCCGGACGCAGGAGGCGUACGACCAGCACCUGCCGGCCGUCUUCGCCGCGCUCAACAAGCUCGAGAAGAUCAUCGCGUCCAACGGCGGGCCGUACAUCCUCGGCCGCGACCUGACGGAGCUCGACGUGCGCGCCUACGCGACGGCCGUGCGCUUCGACAGCAUCUACGCCUACGCCUUCAAGUGCAACCUCGGCACGAUCCGGCACGACUACCCGCAGAUCAACAACUGGCUCAAGAACCUGUACUGGAACGUGCCCGGCUUCCGCGAGUCGACCGACUUCACGCACAUCAAGGACAACUACAUCAAGUCGCACACGUAUAUGCACCCCUUUGGCAUCGUGCCGAUGGGGCCGUAUGUGCUGGUGGAGGAAGGGUACGAGCCGGACUUGAGCAAGCUGCGGGUCGGGGAGAUCAAGAUGCCCAAGGUUCUGGAGCUUGAGAAGCAGCUCGGGCCUGCAUCGAAGCUGUGA